AACUGUCAAAUAUUAAGCGUUGUUGGAAACGAAAAUGCGUGUUGUGCGGACAAUCAUCGCGUGGUUCUUUAAAUUCACUUGAAAAAGACAUUAAGCAUAUUAAUCUGUAAUUAAUUUCUUUUUGCUUAUAAGUUAGAGUUUACAGUGGCUGACAUUACGCAUAGUGCUUUUAUCAAAAAUAUGGAAUUGUUGCAGGGCGGAGACCCGAGCGUGCUGCUAGGGCUGCAGCCGCCGCUGCCGCCGGGCGCGGGCUCCAUGCCGCCGCCCGCGCCGCCCGGGCUGGGCGUGCUGGCGGCGCCCGCGCUGGCCGCGCACGGGCUGGGCGCGCACGCGCUGGCCCCGCACGCGCUGGGCUCGCACCCCGCGCUGCUGCCCGCCCCGGGUGGAUGCCACUCGGCGCCCGUCUACGACUUGCAGCAGGUCGGAGAUGUGUUCACAGGUCCUGGCGCGAAGUGCUCCACGCUCCCAGCCAUCUUGGGCGGCUCAUUGCCGCGCCUGUCGUCCGAGCAGGCCGAGGCCGUUUCGCGCGCCAAGAAGUACGCCAUGGAGCAGAGCAUCAAGAUGGUGCUUAUGAAGCAGACGUUAGCUCACCAACAACAGCAGAUGGCCUCGCAGCGCACGCAGGUGCAGCGCCAACAGGCGCUCGCGCUCAUGUGCAGGGUAUAUGUCGGGUCAAUAUCGUUCGAGUUAAAAGAGGACA